UAUUUGAAGUCGUCAUAGUUACGUUCCGAUAUUGGGGUGCCUGUUAUGCCCAAAAAUGCUGUCUAGGUAGGCAACACAUUAAGGCACUACCUGAUCUGUAUUUGAGCUGAUUUUCUUGAAGUGUGUUUGCGUGAAAAUGAAGAAUGUCAAAUGUGUAUUUUAUGCCUGACAGUAACCGUACUAGAGUUACAGUAACACUGACAUUUAUUGACAGAAUUGUUUGUUAUUAACAUAGAAGCUCUAUGACGUCACAUCAGACAAUGGACUUGUCCUCAAUUGAAUACUAGUGUACUGCAUACUCCGCAGUAGCUACAUUCUUCCUAUUACUUUUAACAUGAAGAGAAAUCUGCUACAGUGUCACAUGGUUACAACGAGUAAAUAGAGGUAUUGUUAUAAAGUUUGUGUAAAAAGUUUUUGUCAGUCUGAUUAAGUGAAUCAAGGAGAUAUUAAAAUUUACGCAUUCUGGUUUCUCUUCAUAUCGAAAGCAUUGCAUUGUGGGAUGUCUAACAUGCACUCUCUCCAAAUGCUGUAUGCCUGCUUUCCUACUAAACAGUUGGCGACAAAGUACAGUACGUAAACAUAAAAUAGGCAAAGUACGCAGAUUAAUUCUUCCACCAAGAUUCUGAAGUGCUCAUCCAAUGCACUCUUAGAGUAACUAUCCCAUGAGGCCACGGGAGAAUCAUGAAUUUACAUUUACAUUUACAUUUAUGCAUUUGGCAGACAUGUUUAUCCAAAGCGACAUUCAAAAGGGAAACAAAAGCCAUUUGUCAAGGAGCCAACAAUAUUUGAAAUAUACAGUGCCAGGUUUAGUAACUUUCUAACUUGAUUCUAAGAUUGUUGUAAAGCAGCAUAACUGAUGCUGUAGGUCACAUGACAAUGUCAGCAUGGCUGAUGUAGUAUGUCUAAAUUGCAUUCUUACUACACACAAGCAUACUAUGUAGAACAUACUUUAAACGCCACAAACUAAGUUCCUUAUUAAAUACCUACUCACACCAUUAUGUCGUAUGGGAUGCAACUCUAGUAUCUAUCAGUGUAUUCUAGUUGUAUACUGCACAUUUUUGUAAAUUUUAUGGAUUUAGAAAAUAUACAGAUGUAGUAUAAUAUUAUGCCACUGCUUAUAGACUUACAUGCAUUAUCCUUGUCUAGAUAAAAGGUUAUGAUAAUAAAGAAUUAAAUCAGAGUUUAAAUAAGCUGUCCUGUUUAAUCUGUAUUACUUUGGCCAAACGGUGAAGUCUAAACAAAGUCAAAAAGACGAAUAACUGAAUAGUUAUUUACUAAAAUGACUAUAGAGCUGGAUUAUUUUUGUUUCCUCAUUUGACAAGAUUUCACUGCAUCAUGAUAUUAAUAAAUGUUGGCAAAGCCAUGUGAUUCACUUCCCUGUGCUCAGAACCAAAGUAUAUGCAAAUAAUGUUCACUGCUGAGAACUGACAGAGAGUUCUUCUAGAUUUACUGAGUGACCCACUUUAUGAGGUGCGACCAAGUGUGUUUUCAGGCUGAUCAAUAGAGAUUCAGGACGUUAAUCAUAUUCCUGCCAGACAUUGAUUCGGCACAUUUCCUGAUACCAUUUGUUUCUGAUCCUUUAUUCUUUGGUUUGGGAUUUGGUGUUUAAAAAAAAAAAGUCCUGUUUUUGCUUUUUCAAUUACUUAUACAAAAACACACAUAUACACACGUACUUAGACUGAUUCAGCACAUUUUCUAAUACUAUUUCUUCCUAAAUCUUAAUUCUUGUUUGGUCACAAGGGUUGAAACUCCAAAAACAAACAGUGCAAGCUCUCUGUCAAAAGUACAAUGACAUGGCAGGAAAAAACUCGCAAGUGUCAGUGGACGUCGCACGUGUCUCACCAGUCAAUACUGUGUGGACAGACAGCGGACAUUUAGGGCCAGUGAUGUUAUGCACAUUGAUCGUGACAGAGGAGACAAAUGUGUCAUGGAUAAAAAUGUCACCAUUCUCUCUAUUUUCCUGACCUGUCGAGGCAGGCGGGGCCCUCUAAUCUAGCUUUAUCCUGGAUUAUGUUAUUAUGACUUCUUCCCGUUUGGGAUUCGGUCACCAUGCGGGACGGGAAUGUUGACUGGAAGACUUCAUAAAGCUGUGAGUUCAUUCUGGGUGGAAGAUCUCUUGUUCCUCUGGACUGACUCGUUUGGUGUUCCUUUAAGAGAGCAGGCUGAGCAGGUUUUGAGCUGGUGUACACAACACAAAUAAGAUUAGACAGUCAGCUAAUAGCAGAGCUUCCGGCUAACAAAGCAUGGAGGAUGUCACGCCACUAUUUCUGAAAUUGAAGGGCUAAACAAUAAGAGGAGGCAGGCAUGGAGGAAGAAAAAGCCAUGAUCCUCUGCAAACUCUGCCUGACCGACUGUCCUGAGCUGGAGACCAGCACACUGCAGUCCUGUAACUGUGUGUUUUGUGUGCAGUGUUUAAGGCAAUAUGUGCAGCUGGCUAUUCGGGGCGGCGCAGGCAGUGCCAUCACCUGCCCUGAUCCGGCCUGCAAGAACACCGCAACUCUGCUGGACUCUGAGCUUGCCUUGUUUGCCCCCAGCGAUCAGGUUGAGCUCUAUCAGCGGCUCCGAUUUGAAAGAGGAGUUCAGUUAGACCCCAGUAAGGCUUGGUGUCCUAUGCUGGACUGUCAGGCCGUGUGCAGUGUGACGCCCGGAACUGAAGGCAAACCACUUCCUGUGCCCUGCCCCACAUGCCAUGCCGUCUUCUGCUGCGGCUGCAGAAGCCCCUGGAUAGAUGGUCACUCCUGCUCCCAGCACCAGCCGCUGAUGGCACCAUCAGCAGACAGUGCACUGAGCAGCGCUGAUACUGAUGCAGCCAUUAAACAGUGUCCGAUGUGUGGCGUCUAUAUAGAGCGCAAUCAGGGCUGCGCGCAGAUGCUCUGCAAGAGCUGCAAACACACGUUCUGCUGGUACUGCCUACAGAAUCUGGAUGGCGAUAUAUUUCUGAGACAUUAUGAUAAAGGACCAUGCCGAAACAAGCUGGGGCACUCCAGAGCUUCCGUCAUGUGGAACAGGACACAGGUGGUCGGUAUACUGGUGGGCGUCAGCAUCAUCGUGCUAGUGACAUCACCACUGCUGCUGCUGGCCUCUCCCUGCAUCCUGUGCUGCGUGUGCAAACCCUGCCAGGCCAAGAAGAUCAAGAAAAAGAAGAAAGACAAGAAGCCAUCAGAUUCCACUGCAUAGGAGAACUCCUAAUAACCAACAUGCAUCCUCCACGUGCCAGUCCUCAAGUCUCGCUAGCCAGGUGCACAAGUGCCUCAUUCUCAGUGCCUGGUAAAUUCAGUGGAUUUAUUUUGCCUUCAGGUGCAUUAUGGGAAAAAGAAGCUUGUUGUUUAUUGAAUAAACAACAUCUAUAAAGGAUUGGCCCUUACUCCACUAAGCCAAAACAUUGUUUAUGUCAGGUUAUAUUAAAAUAAAUAUAUAUAUUAACUGUAGCAAUGAGUUAAACUCUUUUUAUUUCCAUGUAGCCUUCCAGACCAAAGGUCCUGCUGUUUUUUUCUUGUGUACUAUAAUAUGUAAAUACUGUAUUUAUGAGUCUGGGUACUGUCCUGUGUUCUUUUUACAUUUGUUGAUUUUUCUGCAUCAAAUAUUUUAUAACUUCAUUACAAUAAACUAAACACCUGAGCAGUGAAA